GAAGCGUGAAUAUCUGUGCGUGAAGAAUUCAGACCUGAUUCAUAAAGACCCCGCCUCUCCCUCCAUCUUCCACGGACACCAGCGCAGAGCUGCUGUCUCCAUGUUAGUGUUCCUCAAGAAGAACAACAUGAAAACCAAAUUCAUCAAUGGAGUCUCCUCGUCCCCCUCCAUGUCCCUGGAGCUGCUGGUGACGGAGAACGCGCUGCAGGUCCAGCCCGACGCCCAGGAGGACAGCAAGGAGCCGGACUGCGCGGACCUGCCCGACCCGGACACCCGGCACCGGGCCUACGAGUGGACCCGCGAGUUCCUGCACGGAGCCUGGAAGAUCCUGCCCGAGGAGGACUUCCACAUCACCGUGAUAAGAGGUGGUCUGAGCAACAAGCUCUUCCUGUGCAGCCUCCCCGACAGCCUGGACUCUGUCGGGGACGAGCCGCGGUGCGUCCUGCUGCGCCUCUAUGGGGCCAUCCUGCAGAUGUCCUGUAAUAAAGGAGAUUCCCGACAGUCGAGCAGAGAGAACAUGUUCCAGGGCGCGGAGGCCAUGGUGCUCGAGAGCGUGAUGUUCGCGAUCUUGGCCGAGAGGCAGCUCGGCCCGAAGCUCUACGGGAUUUUCCCCCAGGGCCGCCUGGAGCAGUACCUCCCUAGUCGUAAACUGGACACGUGUGAGUUGAGCGACCCCAGCAUCUCGGCGGAGGUGGCGCAGAAGAUGGCGCGGUUCCACGGGAUGAUGAUGCCCUUCAACAAGGAGCCCAAGUGGCUGUUUGGAACCAUGGACAAGUACCUGAACCAAGUCAUGAGGUUGAAUUUCACCAGAGAGUCGCAUCUGCGCCGCUUCAACCGCCUGCUCAGCCACAACCUGCCACAGGAAAUGGAUCUGCUCAAGUCGCUGCUGGACUCCACCCACUCUCCGGUUGUGUUCUGCCACAACGACUGUCAGGAAGGGAACAUCCUGCUGCUGAACAACCACGAGAACUCCGACCAACAGAAGCUGAUGCUCAUUGACUUUGAGUACAGCAGCUACAACUACAGGGGAUUUGACUUCGGGAACCAUUUCUGUGAGUGGAUGUACGACUACACCUGUGACGAGUUUCCUUACUUCAAAGUGGACGCUCAGGCCUACCCCUCCAAGGCCCAGCAGCUGCACUUCAUUGACAACUACCUGCGUGAGUCUGACGGCGGCUUCGAGCAGCUGAGCGAAGACGAGCAGACGAAGCUGAAGGAGGAGAUGUACGUGGAGGUCAACAGGUUCUCCCUGGCAUCCCACUUCUUCUGGGGCUUGUGGUCCAUCAUCCAGGCCCGACUCUCCACCAUCAAGUUCGGAUACCUGGAAUACGCCGAAGCCAGAUUUGACGCGUACUUCCAGCAGAAGAAGCUCUGGGCUGUCUAACGAGCUGAUGGGAGGUGUCUCCACCAGGUUCGGCCACAUGGCAGCAGGAGGACGUCCAGGCUGACUCCACCAUCCACACUUUACUCACACUCCCUGCCUAGAGGGGAUCUGCUGGCUAGUGCCGGAGUCGUGCUUACCAAAGUCAAAACCUUGAUGGCGUGGCUCGGAUACUUAAAGUACGACGACCAAAUAAGAGCCCAAAAAAAAAUAGAAAAAUCGAACAUUCCUCACCGGUCGGAUCAGCUCUCUGCUUCUGCCUCAUUCCAAACAUAUCACUAACACAGUGAGGAACCAGGUGGAUCCAGUUCCACCGGCCCUGCCUGUUACUGAGGCCCCCAGCCGACUGUCGGGGGGGGGGGGGGGGGGGGGCUUCACUUCACAGCUUGUUUGAUUUUCUUCUUGUUUAAAACGGAUGUUUUUUCGGGGGAUUCUCUUCGGGCAGAUUCGUGCCUCAACGUUUCCUGAGCAGCUGCUCAAACUCCACCAAAUCAAAGACGUCAAACUUCAGCUGUUCUAUUAGAUCUAAUUCUGUGUGGCUUCCUCACUAGAGCUGUUACACUGACCGACUGUGACCCUCCUCAGCCUGUUGUAUGUGUGCUACCGGGGGAUUGUAUUAUCAUGGAUCGCUGUGACAGGUUGAUCCAUAUCUGUGAAUAUCUCACAUUGGGUUUUACUACAUGUUCGGCCAAAUGGCUGCAGGACAUUCAGUCAGCCGCGCUUUAUGAGCCGAGGGAAAUGUGGGUAUGCUGUCUGGGCUGCUAGCGAGCUAACUGACAGCUCUGCUUUUCUUUUUUUUACCUUUAUAAACUGUUUCUGCGUUGAAGAAAACUUCACACAGUUCACAUGAGACUGGUUCCUCAUUGUGGUUUCUUUGGUGAUGCCGGAGGAAACGCUUACAUGCCAACUCGUCUCAUAAUCAAACCCGAAAACGACAUUUUACGACACUUGUUAUGUUGUAGCUCGUCUCUGUUCAAAUCAGCGUUUGUCGUAGGAUGUGACUUUGACUGAUGGAUCUGUGACUUUCGGACUCGGUGCUGCAGAGAGGAGCGAGCGGCGUCUCUCACCUCGUCGAACCCAAACUGUUUGAACAUGGGAGACGUGACAGUGAAGACUGUGACUCUUCGUCCUGCUGCUUCUCUUCACACAUCCUGAGAGCGGCUCCUCCUUCCUCAGCCCAUCGGGUCGCUUCAACCUGCCGCUGCUGACUCAGCGUUUCAUUUGCCUUCGAUUGAGACUCUGACUUGUCGAAAUUUUGUUUCUUGUUUGUUUCGGCACUUCUCCACAUUCUGUGAAUUUAACAGCAUUCCUCUUUUCACAGCGACCACGAUUUAGCCUCUGGGCUUGUCCCUGCAGUAGCAGCGCCCCCUGUUGGACUUGAUAAGAAACGCGUUGAAUGACUAAAAGUUUUAAUCUUUUUUUUCUUCACGUUUCCCAAAUUGUUACCCAAUGAGGAACCAUCACCAUAGAGCUGUGUCUGGAAACUGCGCCUUGUUUACGAAAGAGUGCUGCACACUACUUUUACGCUAGCAUUCCCACAAUGCAAUUCUCUGCAUUUCACAGAUGCUAAAGUUACUGCUGUUCAUCUCCACAGCUGUAAGGAAAAACUCCAAAAAACAGCAAGACACAAAAAAAUACUACGGGAAAAAUUUGACGAACUCCAACUGUUGAAAUCUUGAUGCUGUUGAUAAACAGAACUAACGGAAGCAGUGAAUACACGAUGGAGGGAGGGGUUUAGAACACGGCUCCUCCUUCCGUCCUCUUUACCGAAGCCUGUCGAGCUUUCAAGCAGCACAUGUUUAGCACUUUAAAACGAAAAAUCUGCCCAAAUCCGAUCCUCGAAAUUCUAAAUAUUUUUCUAAAACAGUCGCCCCUUAAUUGUCAAUGACAAUGAUGGACAAAGGCGCGCUUGAUUCUUCCACCGGCCUGAUCUGUUAACAGCUCUAAUGCAAUAAUCCUGCAUGAAGAGCUUUGAAUAUGCACUUGUUUGCAACGUACAUGAUAUAAGGCAAACCUGAAAUUUUUAAACGUGCCGCACACCUUCCAGAAUAUUGCUAACUUUGUAGUUUUGGUUUUGAAAAGAAAAAAACAACAAAGAUUCCCAAACUUCUCUAAAUAUUAAGUCUUGCUGUUACCUGACCCACGUGACUAACGAGCCGGACCCGAAGUUUUAACGGCGACGCCUAGUUACAGUUGCAAAGCUACGACUGGACAAUCGCUGUUUAGGAUCGGGGGGGGGUUAGCGAUAGAUUGGUAAUCGUCAAAACCGAGAAUAUUUGCAAAAAUACCUGCUCAAAUCAAAUUCAAAUGUUGUAGGAGGAUUAAUGGAGAAUGAUGCAUUUGAGAAAGUUUGUGCUGCUACACGUGAGAAGUGUUCUGGCUGCUCGUCCACGUUCAUUCCAGUGAAGCUGUAGCAGAUUCACACUGGUUCCAGUCAAACCUGUGGGAUUGACUGGGAUUCAACUGAGGGAACUGAGCCGGGUCAUGAGACUAAAAUGAUCCCUUCACCAAUCAUCUACUGGAAAACCCCAGAAUGUUUGAAUGUCUACUGUGGCACUUUCAAUCUGAGGAUGACAAAAUGUUCACAAACAUAUAUAUAUAAAUAUGUAUAAACUAAUAUGUACUUGAGUAUUUUCAUGUUAAAACAUCUGGGGGUUGUUGAACUGUGACUUUUGAGCUGAUGAGAUGUUAUUUUACAUACAAAAGUGUUUUAUUGUAUAUUCAUCUUUAUAUUUCUUUUGGAAUGUGGUUAAUGUAUAUGUCAUGGUUAUCUUUGAGGCUUGUGCUCGGACACAACUGUUCAAAUUGUUGUUGGUCCGUCUCUCAUGAAGCGAUAGUCUUUACUUCAGAACAUUCAGUUGCUGUUUCUUCACUGAACCUGAAUUUGUAUUUUUCUUAUUCAGAAGUUUAUUUUGAAAUGUUUGUAUGAUAAGUAUUUGCCCUGAACCAUUCCCAUCUGAAUAUCGAUGACCAGGAUUUGCAGUUUUAGUAGCUUCCAUUCUCUGCGUGCACUUAGGACCAAAUAAAUAAAAUGUUCAUCUAAAUGCUUCUGAUACAUUUAUUUAGUAAACACAUUUAAAUCUGUGUAUACUAGUAUUUAGUAUUCGCCAAGAAUAAAAGUAUCAAAUGAGGGUAAAAUAUGAACCAAACCAACUUGCACCAUAUCAGUCUGGAGAAUGUACUUUGUUCUAAUUGUUUUUUUUUCUUAAAACACAUCUGUUCUGAGUUAGAAGCCUUAACUGCAUCAUCACGUGACUCACAGUGAAAACCGAUCUAUGCAGCUUCACCUAAUGCAUAAUGUAUAAAAACAUGUUUUUAAUUGAAUGUGUUUCAGGUUAAUCACAUAGAAAUGAUCUUGGCUGUAAAUCUACAUGCUUUGCACAAAUAAAAACUGAAGAGGAAAGAAAA